CUUCCAAAAAUUACGACUCGUUGCUUCUUUUUACUUCCAAUUUUCAAUCAAUCAAUUCUUCCGAAGCCACGUUCCCUACAUCCAUGGAGGUCUCUGGUGCCGUUUCACGGCGACUUCCCGGCCUCAUCCGCCGAGAGAUUGCUCAAUCUUCCAUGGAGGUCUCCGGUCAUGAUGCCCGGCGGGCGCCCUGUAGCCUGUCCAUUUCCGGUGGCUCUGUUCGUACUGAAACUCGUGAUUUCGGCCUCUACGUUCGUCGGAAUAUAAAUUCUCCUAGGUUUAGCGAUGACGGUCAUGUGCGGUAUUAUGUUGGAACGAGGUGCCAUGGUGGCAGAUUGAAGAAGGAGAAGGAGGCGGUGAAGAAGAAAUUGAAAUUGCUGAAAGGAUUGUCUGGUGAUUCAUCUGCGGCUUUUGCAUUCGGCUUCGUGUUUCGUUUUGAUGAUAGCUCGGUCGGCGAGUUUCAGGCGGAUCGCUUCUCUAUUGAGGAAACGAGAGAGGUGUUGGAAAGACAGCUUCAACAGCUAAAAGCAGAGGAGAAGGAACAGAAGAGAAAAAGGAAGCUAGAAAAGGCCAAGCUGAAAGCAGCUCGAUUACAAACCGCUCACGAUUCAUCAUCUUCAUCCUCCGAAUCCAGUGCCAUUGAAGGCAAUAUGACCAACACAAGGUACCGAACAAGGAAGGCAAAUUCACCCUCACUUUCGCAGCCAUUCUCAGAUCAAUGGCAGGCAAAUGCCAUUCAAGGAUCAGCAUUAGCUCCUCCAUUGCAGACCCAUCAGCUCAAUUCAAACACCGGAAACUUCGGUGUUGCUCGGUCGGCAUCUGUAGGGAGGGUUGAAGUGUGUAUGGGAAACAAGUGCAAGAAAGCAGGGGCAGCGGCAUUGAUGGAGGAAUUCGAGAGGGUGAUGGGGGCAGAUAGUGUUGUUUGUGGGUGUAAAUGCAUGGGAAGAUGCAGAGAUGGACCAAAUGUGAGAGUUUCUAGUUCUUUGGACAUGGAAACUCGCUCUCCAAAUCCACUGUGCAUUGGAGUUGGAGUGGAGGAUGUUGGUAGAAUUGUGGCUGAGCAUCUAGGAGGACAAGGGGAGCAUAAACAACCUAGGUUUGCACCUUCAAUUUGAUGCCUUCUUGGGAGAAGUUAAUUUAGUGUAGUUCGUAAAAAGUUUACCAUCGUCCUUAUGGGUUAGGGAAAUUUUGGAGCCAAUCCAGCUGCUAGGACUGUGAAGUUCAGGUAGAUGGAGGAUCAUUUUAGCCUCUUUUAGUUUCUGACAAAUUUGUUGUAACGUCCGUUCAUCGACCGCUUGAAUCACAAGAGUUACUACUAAUAUAGAUAAUUUGCUUUGUAAAACCAUCAAACAGAACAUUUUCUUAUAUGAUAAAUAAAACGUAACGUGUGAAUUAUGUUA